CUGGGUUUAUCAGAAGAGCCACUAAAAUAAUGUCUAAAAUAUAUUUUUUAGUUAGUACUUUGGUGGUGCUAGUGUUAGCAACAUGUGUUUUAGCACAAGAUGUCUCUCAAAAAACUCCAAAUUGUCCUGAAAACUGCAAGCCAACGCUUUUCUUUCCCGACUACAACUGCAGUUAUUUCUGGAUUUGUCGGAAUGGCGUAGCUGAGAAGCAUAACUGUGCUCCUUUUGAAUGGGAUACCAGUCAAAACACAUGCGUCCCGCCAAGUUUGUCCAAUUGCGUCGAUGGAAAAGGAUGGAAUUCUACUGAUUUAAUAUGCCCAGUAAUGACCACUCCGUCUACAACUACAUCGACAACCAAACCUACUACAACAACAAAAAAAACUACAACUGCAACAAAAUCUACAACAAUCACCAAAUCAACUUCUACAACUUCAGCCGGUACCACUAUAGCAUCAAACCCACCAAACUGUUCAAGCGAUUGUCCAUACAACAUCUACCUGCCACACAGCAAUUGCAGCUUAUUCUGGCAAUGUGCCAACGGAAUAGCAACGCUGCUAGAAUGUCCCUGCGAUCUUCACUAUAAUCCGGAAGCUAACGUUUGCGAUUGGCCGUGGAACUUUGAGCAUGACGUCCCUUGUAGAGAUUGGACUUGGGACGAUUUGGAAUGUGUUCCUCCAGAAAGCACCACCUAUGUCAGCACGCUAGAGCCUAUUGAUCCUCCCGAUUGUCCAGAAGAUUGUCCCCAUAAUAUUUAUGUCGGUGAUAAAACAAGUUGUCAAUACUUUUAUCAAUGCGUCAACGGCAGAGCUUACAGGAAGAAAUGUCCUGAAGGAUUGGUAUUUAAUUCAGUAUCAAAGACUUGCAAUAUCGGAGGAUGUAAUGAAUAUGGAUGGACGUGGGAAGACUUGAUUUGUCCCGUUUAUACCACUGAGAAACCUUGCUGCGAAACAUCUACAGAAAAUCCUCUAGCACCGCUUUGCCAGAAAGGAUGCCGUGAGACAAUCUAUUUGGCAGAUUAUGAUUGUCAUUAUUACUGGGUAUGCUUCGAUGGUAUAGCUACGAAGAUGGCCUGUGCUGCUGACUUGCACUGGGAUUCUAAAGAAAAAGUUUGCAGCUACGAGAAAGAUGCACACUGUGAUAAAAUGGGGUGGAGCGAGGAUGAAUUAAUAUGCCCAACAACUAUUAGCACGUCAACUAAUAGGCCUGAAACGACUGGUACUACUCCAAAGCCCCAGAAAUGUGAACCUGGUGUUGUAUUCUAUCCAAACCCGAAGGAUUGUCGUACAUAUUGGGAAUGCUCAAAUGGUGCUGCCCAUUUGAUGCCAUGCCCAGCUGGGCUAGAAUGGUCCACGGAAGAAAAUCGUUGUGAUUGGCCAUCGGUUGCUAAUUGCGUCCAAAUUGAAUAAACCAGUGAGUGUCAUACGAACUAAUGACAUAAAUGACCAGCUUCAACGGAAUUUAUGCCAACAUGAUAAACCUAUAUGCUAGUUGUAUUUAAUAGUGUAUAUAUUUUUGAUUCUGUGAUCAAUGUACCUAAACAUUUUAAAAAGUUAAUAUUUUGUAUAAAAACUAUUAUUAUUGAUAAAUUA